ACUGGAGAGACGUAGACACACUCGACUUUGUCUCAGAUACAAUAUUUUCUGUUAAUAAUAUUUCUUAGACCGCGCUCGCGUAUCAGACUCGAAGCCUCGUGGUAUAUAAAGCGUGAGCGAUAGUACAGUACAGAUUAACACCUUGAAUGCUGCGUAGUCGUGGAAUGUGGACAAACGCUUGUCUAGGGCCAAGUAAAGCUAUCAGUUCUUGAUAGUACGUCGCCGUUGCAGGUUGUUGAUUUUGCUGCUCUGCUCGCGGGAACCCACUUUUAGAUACUUCCUCAAGUGCGCAUGCAUAUGGUUCGAAUCUUCUUAUCUAAAUUCACUCAAGAUACAAAGAUCGCGCGUAGUGUUCUCGUGAAGUGAAUUAAGCUAAUCUCUAGAAAUAAGGCCAUAGUGUGACUAAUUCUGGCGUCAAUAUAUUAUCAUUUUUCCUCAAGUAUUCAUGGUCGCAGUGUUAACGUUACGUCGCGGAGAAUUGCGCUUUGUUGAAAGGAUACAAAGACAUAUCCUUUGAGUGCAACUAGUUACGACGUAGAGUGAUUUGUGUGUUGUGUCCUGGCAGGGGGCAGCUUGGAAAUAUCCCAGGGGAAGGUUUCAUAAUCGGAGGAACAAGUCUGGUGCUGAUUGAGAUACAGUCGGUGAAUAAAAUCAUUCGGGCAAUAUUCCAAAUUAUAAAAAUUCAGUAGGAUAUUGACAGUGAAAUGCAUAUCAGAGACAUAUGCAGCAAACCAUGUGCCCUUGCGACUGUCGGAAUAAUACUAUCGAUAUCGGGACUAAUAUGCGUUAUAUUCUGGUCAGACAUAUUCGACUCGAUGAUGGCGAAGGAAAUGGCGAUACGACCAGGAUCGAAAAGUUUUGAGACGUGGCGGGUACCACCGAUUCCUAUGAGUCUAGAUGUUUACUUCUUCAAUUGGACAAAUUCUGAAGACUUUAUGAACAAAACAAUAAAGCCCGUCUUGCAAGAGCUUGGUCCUUACCGGUUUACGGAAAAGCCGGAAAAAGUGGACAUAGUAUGGCAUCCAGAAAAUGCUUCGAUAUCGUUCAGGAAAAAAAGUAUCUUCUUCUUCGAUCAAGAAGGAAGUUCAGGAUAUCUUCAUGAUAAUAUCACCGCUUUGAAUAUAAUAGCACUAUCAGCUGCCGGACGAGCGAUAAACUGGGAUUACGUAAGACAGAAGAGUGUGUCAAUUGGACUCAAUAUGUACGAACAACCUAUGGCAGUGACGAGAACUGUGGACGAACUGCUCUUCGAGGGAUACAGUGAUGAUAUGAUAGACGUUGCAAGGGAGUUUCCAUUGUUUGGUGCUGAUGUUCCCGUUCUAUUUGAUAAAUUCGGAUGGUUUUACACACGAAACAAUAGCGCUGAGUUAACUGGCUACUUCAACAUGUACACAGGAGUUGAUGAUAUAAACAAGCUUGGUCAAAUGUAUUCAUGGAACUUUAACAGCACCACAAAUUUCUUCGGAGGUUCAUGUGGAAAAGUUCAAGGAUCGGCCGGUGAAUUCUACCCACCACGUCCCCAACCAAGCGGAUCGAUUAUGCUAUUCACUGCCGAACUCUGUAGAUAUAUCACAUUGGACUACACAGAAACUGUAACGAUUCACGGGUUGGAAGGCUACAAAUUCAGUGGAACAACGAAAACAGUUGACAAUGGAACUAAAUAUCCUGAAAACCAAUGUUUCUGUUCUGGAAAAUGUGUUCCAUCGGGGGUAAUAGAUGUUUCUGCGUGUCGGUUUGGAACGCCGGUUUACAUGUCCUUCCCGCAUUACUACAAUGCCGAUCCUUACUAUGUGAACCAGGUAGAAGGGCUGACUCCGAAUAAAGACAAACACGAAUUCUAUAUGGUUCUUGAGCCUUUGACUGGAGUAGUUUUAGAGGCUUCUGGUCGCUUUCAGAUCAACAUGCUUGUCCAGCCCGUCAAAAAUAUUAAGCUAUAUGAAGAUGCUCCAUAUGUGUUCAUGCCAUUGCUGUGGUUCGAGCAGAAAGUAACAAUUCCUGAGGCGAUGGCCAAUGAACUUCGAAUGGUUGUGGCGAUACCAACGACAGGACAAAUAUGUGCCAGUGUGAUAUUCAUAAUUGGCCUAGUUAUGCUAGUUAUACUCCCAAUUAGACGAAUGUACCGACAAAAGUACAAGGUGGAUACUACAGAGAAAGUGAAAGCAAAAUUAGAUAAUGGCGUAGCAGUUGAAAAGGGCCCAGAAAUUAGUCCGCUCCUAGAGAAAAAAAAUGGCUUCCUAGGGACAGUAACAUUCAAAUCGAAUGGUGCAAACAGUGAUACAAAUGAGAAGAAGAACUGAAUGUUAUCAAAAUUCCAUUUUUAGGUGAAUACUCAACUACCAGCCAUUUCUAAUUCUUUAAUAUCAAUGUAAGUUUUAGCAUAGUCAGAAUUUUUUUUUUGUAAUUACUUUCAUUACUAUAACGACUAAAUUAAAAGUAGGAAACAUCACAUCAUGUGGAAUUUGUAAAAAUAUGCAAAAGUUGAAGCAAAAAUUGUUUUGCUUACUAAACAUAGUAUUACGGUUUUCUAACUAGAGCAAAAAAUAAGUUUGUUGCCCAACGAAAGCAUAAAGCCGAUUGUAAUUAUUCUAUAAAUGUAUCUCUGUACAAUAAGUGUGUAAGACUUGCACCAGUCCGAGAGUCCAGCCCAAUCUCGCAGUAGGAACGUUUGAGACUAUGCACAUAGUAUAGCCAUAAGUUCUAUCAGUCAAACAAAUCUUUAUUUCCCACGAAGUAAUAAACCAAAUCAAUCGAAAAGUACACCAUCAGAAAAGGGAAACAUAGAACUUCCAAACGAAAAAAAAAUUUAUUCAAAAUGGCCGCCUCUAACAGCUAUACAGGUCCGAAGUCUGUGAGGCCAUGCAUUGAUCGUUUCACGCACGGUAUGCAGCGGAAUUUCUCGAGCUGCACGUAUGAUGCUGGCCUUCAAACUCUCCAAAUGGGUGUAAGUUCGAUCGCAGGCAGUCUCUUCUAUCUUAGCCCAAAGGCUUUAGUCGAGAGGAUUCAAAUCUAGGCUGCCUGAGGCGCAUUCAUCCGCGGUUAUGAAGUCAGGAGCAUGGGCCGCUAACCACUGCUGAAUUAUCUUGGCUUUGUGAGCGGGGUCCGGGUCCUGCUGGAAGCACGACGGCUUUCCAGCGAAUAGAGAUUCACUCAAUGGCUCGACUCCAUCCUCAUGCAACGUAAUAAUCGCGAUUCGCUUUUCGUAGUUAACAAACUUCAUUGUGUUGACGUGUGAAGUGUGGUAUAGUCCGUGCGCAGUGUUACCAGCUUCGGCGGCCUAACAUUUCUCGCUAUACGCAUCGACUGACUGAACUUAUGGCUAUACUAUGUAUAUUCCGCUUAAAUAGCUGUACAAGAUACUAAGAUACCAGGAAUGCGAGGUAUUGCUAUUUGAAUUUAAUUGAGGCCAGAAAAGGUUAAAUUUCUUUAUUGUUGAGAAGUGUGCACGAGGCACGUGAAUGGACUCUUCAAUUCGGUUUUCGUACCAAUGCAUACAUAUCAAGGACGAGGUAUAAAUUCUUCAGCGAAAUAGUUACCAAACUUAUGAAGCUUAUUUAAAAGAUGCUUGUUAGGAAAUGAUAAAAAGACUUUCAGUAGAUCACAAAUCCAACAAGAAGCGUUCCUGAAAACUUGUUGAAAACUAAAAUUAUUGUUGUUAGAUUUUUAACUUUAGCUCUUAGAAUAGGAGUUUGAGAGGCGACUGAAUACACAUGGGCCCAUGCCUGCAUCUUCAAAUUAAAACAGGUGAACUUCUAUUGAAGUCCAUCGUAUCUUAAUGUUUAAUACCAACUGAUUUCACAUGUUUGAUUUAUACUUUCUACUGUUCUACCGUGUGAUUUUACUCUUUAGGGAUCAUCCCACUUUAACCGACCUGGAAAUGAGCAAUUUUUGCGAAUUUUCUUUUGAAUCCUUUUCGUACCAAUAAAUAUGACCCUUUAGUGUAUACAAAAGAAAUUCUAUUGAUUUUAUUGCGUGGGUAUAAUAAUUACAACGGAAUCAAUGGAACCACUCCAAAAAUGGCGAUGCCCUCUGCGUUGAUGACAUUUUGGUGAAAAUCCAUUAGAAACAGAAAAUUUUCAAAUAUUUAUGUUCAGUGGCGAAACCGAUCACGACGAGCCGACCCCGCUUGUGAACGGGACAAAGGCUGAAGAAAAAGAAAAAGUGUAGUAGUGGCUCUGGCCCAAACUAGAAUAAAUAAUUUUCUUGCAAAAAUAACAAAGUGGCGGUUGUUUAAAGAAAAAAUAUGCGAAAAAUGGUAUUUAUUCACGAUACUUACGUUUAAAAAAGUAGUUAAAAUCAUAAUUUUGAUGUAAGUCUAGAUCGCGUCGUACAUAUUAAUAUGACAACUAUUUUGUAAAAAUUUGGUAAGGAUCGUUCCAAUAAUUUCGGAGAAUCCCUCAACGCCGCAACAAAAAAAAUUGGUUACACGUUCAAAGUUUUGUUUAUUGAAAAACGCUAGAAAAAUCAUCCUUAUAUUUAUUCUGCGAUUCCAGCCCCAUACAGGAGACCUUCGGCCAACUCAUUUUCGUCCAGUCUGGCAUCCCUUCGGCUAGCUCUGUCUUGCUGAGAUGCAAACGAGCUACGACGGUUCGCUGUUUAUAUCCGAUCCUCGUCUCGCUGAGUGUCAUACUGCAGUGUUCUCGAGUUUCGUUGUUGCACGCACGAUGCUGGCCUUCAAACUCUUCAAAUCGGUGUAAGUCCGAACGCAGGCAGUGUCCUCUAACUUCAAUCCAAUCCAAAGGCUGUAGUCCAGAGGAUUCAAACCUGGGCUACCUGAGGCCUAUUCAUCCGCCGUUAUGAAGUCAGGAACAUGUGCCGCUAACCACUGCUGAAUUAUCUUGGCUUUGUGAGCGCGGGCCGAGUCCUGUUGGAAGCACCACGGCUUUCCAGAGAAUAGAGAUUCACUCAAUGGCUCGACAACAUCCUCUAACAUCUUUUCGUACACGCUCGUAUUGGUUUUGACGCCGGCCUUGCAGAAAUGAAUAUCAGUGACUCCGGGAUAUGAGACGCCACCAUACCAUGACAGAAGUCGGAUGGUGACGAUGUUGGACUCGCGGAGCAUUUUCUUUGGCUUCAUAGCAAUUGUGAUUCAUUCGGGCGACGUUCAGAGUGCGGACGCCUCUCCCGCGGCCUGUCAACCACAUCAGCUGUUUCGUAGUAUUUUUUUAUUUUCAAUUUUAACAAACUAUGAAUCUUUUUCGGCGUAUUCCCACAUUGGUACAACGCAAUAAUCGCGAUUCUUUUUUCGUAGUUACCGAACUUCAUCGUGUUGUCGUUCACACGCUACUGACCUUCGGAACCUGAAAGUCUGACGGAAGUGAGGUAUGGAUAGGUACUCGCCGUGCGCAGUGUUACUAGUUUCGGCGCUAGAGUGCUCUUAUCGCUAUGAAAUUUUCACACAUUUCUAAAAUGGUUUACUUUCGAAAACCAUAAAAAUUUGAUUUUAUGAAGUUGGUAAAGUGGGAUGAUCCCUUCAGUCGCCCCUCACUCAAAAAAUCAAUGACUCUGUCUUCGAAAAAAAUAACGAAAUCCGUGGCCUAAGAAAUAUACAUUGAUUGUUACAUAUUUUCCACUUUUUAUAAUAAAUAUCAGAUAAUAACUAAAGUGGUGCUGUGAACAACAUUAAAUGAAGAUUCAUCUAACUUUCACUCCUGUAACUAAAUAGAAAAGUCACUAAAUGUUUUAUUGUUAAAAUCAGAAGACAUGAAUCAUUCCAAAGAUAAAAUAUGAUAAAUGUAUAUAAUAAGAGAGAUGACAAUUUUUUACGUAUGGUACUUUGUUUAACAUAUCAACUGGGACCAAAUGAUGUAUCUCUAACGCUACUAAGUUUUCAAAUGUAUAGAAUGUAUUAUGGAAAGAUGUUAUUUUUGAAAAACGAAUUUAAUAUUUACAAGAAUUUCACUGAGAACUGCACUAUCUGCUAUUAGCAACGAAAAGGAGGCAUUGUUAACAUUUUACUGAGAAGAUUUUUUGUAAGUUAGACUGUAAGGAAAUCAUACUUUUAUAACGUUAUUCGAGCUUUUUGAUCAUAUAUGUAUUUAAUAAAAUAUAACUGAUCUUGAAAAAGUAAAUAAAAAAUAAAUAAAAACACUAAAA